GGUGAAGGGGCUGGAGACGCCAUGUCGGGCCGGGAAGGUGGCAAAAAGAAGCCCCUGAAACAGCCCAAGAAGCAAGCCAAGGAGAUGGACGAGGAAGAUAAAGCUUUCAAGCAGAAACAAAAGGAGGAACUGAAGAAACUUGAGGAGCUAAAAGCCAAGGUCUCGGGGAAUUAA